AUGGAUGAUCUAGUCGCUAAUACUGCCUUGGAUGCGUUCAAUCAGGAGUUGGACGUCUCUCAGCCCAGCCAACCUUACAUUAGUGCAGUCGGUCCUAACACUGUGACAGUCAGUGGUCCACCACAGGUGUUGGAUGAACUGCUAGAAAACUCAGCCACUUUCAAAGGAGCAGGACUGGCCAUCCCAAUAUUUGCGCCAUAUCACGCACCACAGCUUUUUAGGCACGUCGAUAUACGUAAACUGGUGCUUAGCCAUCGCUCUCAAUACUUCGAUACUGCGAAUCACUACCAACCAUACCUGCCGCUGCUGUCGACCUCGACUGGCACGCGCUACACCGCUGACACAACUUUAGCGCUAUUCGAAGAAGUUAUUCACGAUACUCUGACACAAACACUGCGUUGGGACCGCGCAAUAGAGGGUUGUGUCUCAGAUGUCGUGGUCGCAGAAAGUUCUCUUACAGAAGUGUUGGCAUUUGGGCAGACAAAGGCUGCCAGCAGCUUAGUGUCUGCUUUACAAGCGCAAAGCAAUAAUCAAGUCUCCCUGCAAGACUCCUCCUCUUGGACAUCCCGCUCUCAGUCCAAAGACAACGGACCACGUGGAAGCUUCAAUGACUCCAAAUUGGCUGUCGUAGGUCUUGCAGGUCGAUUCCCUAACGGCGCAAACAUCGAGGGUUUCUGGGAGACACUGGAGAAGGGAUUAGACGUUCACAAAGAGAUACCAAAGGAUCGCUUCGACGUGAAAACGCACGUCGAUCCGGACGGUAAGGGACGUAAUACUACUUAUACGCCAUAUGGCUGUUUCAUUGAUAAUCCCGGUCACUUUGACCCAAGAUUCUUUAAUAUGUCUCCUCGAGAGGCUGCACAAACAGAUCCUAUGCAACGAUUGGCGCUAGUCACCGCUUAUGAAGCUCUCGAGAUGGCUGGCUAUGUACCAAACAGGACCGCAUCGACGACUUUAGAUCGCGUCGGGACGUUCUACGGUCAGACAAGCGACGAUUAUAGAGAGUGCAACUCUUCCCAAAAUGUCGAUACAUACUUCAUUACUGGGGGAAUCCGCGCUUUUGGGCCGGGCCGUAUAAAUUACCAUUUCAAAUUCAGUGGUCCUAGUUUCAAUGUCGAUACAGCCUGUUCAUCGAGCUUAGCUGCCAUUCAAAUUGCCUGUACCUCGCUUUGGAACGGAGAAUGUGAUACUGCGGUGGCUGGGGGAUUGAGCAUUCUCACUUCUCCAGAUCUAUACGCAGGCCUCAGUCGGGGCCAAUUUUUGUCCAAGACGGGUUCUUGCAAGACAUUUGAUGACGCUGCUGAUGGCUACUGUCGCGGUGACAGUAUUGGGACAGUGAUUCUAAAGAGAUUGGAUGAUGCUGUUGCUGAUAAAGAUAAUAUACUUGGUGUCAUUCUUGGAGCGGCAACCAACCAUUCAGCGGACGCCAUUAGUAUAACUCAUCCUCAUGCACAGACGCAAGAAGCCCUGUACCGCAAGGUACUCGCACAAGGCGCAAUAAGUGCCUUCGACGUGGAUUAUGUUGAGAUGCACGGGACAGGUACGCAAGCAGGAGAUGGCGCUGAAAUGGAGUCAAUCAGCAAUGUUUUCGCACCAGCAGUGGCGGGGAGAAAGGCUGACAAGCCUUUAUAUGUUGGUUCCGUAAAGGCAAACGUUGGACAUGGAGAAGCGGCUUCCGGAGUCACGGCAUUGAUCAAGUCCCUUCUCAUGCUCAAAAAGGACAUGAUACCGCCUCAUACUGGUAUCAAAGGUUCGAUUAACCAGAAAUUUCCGGACCUGGACCAGAGAAAGAUUCGUAUCGCAUUAUCUAAAACACCUUUUCGAGCCCACACCAAUAACAAGCGGCGGCUGCUUGUCAACAACUUCAGGAGGGAAUACAGCCUUGCUGCUAGAAGAUUUUGUCAAAAAUCCACAGAUUUCCUUGCCAAGCCUCUCAUACACAACAACAGCCCGCCGAAUCCAGCACCCCUACCGAAUUGCAGCGCCCUCCAAUACAAGGACAGUUACACCACAUUUGUGUCCAGAUGGCACUCUGCAGCCUAUGGUCUUCUUUGGGGAAUCAAGCCCGAGAUUGUCAUCGGACACAGUCUCGGUGAGUAUGCUGCACUCAACGCAGCGGGCGUGUUGUCUGCGAACGAUGUCAUCUUCUUGAUCGGUCGUCGAGCCCAGCUUUUAGAAGAGAAAUGCCUACCGGGAACCCACAGCAUGCUUGCAGUAAAAGGGGAAGUAUCUCUGAUCAAGCAACGGCUUUUUCAAAAUGGCUGGAACCUUGAGAUUGCUUGUGUCAACAAAUCAGACGAAGUAGUACUGAGCGGGGAAUUCUCCGAAAUCGAGGUGGCUUCGAAAGAGCUUACUGGAUUAGGUAUCAAGUCAACGAGGCUUGAUGUUCCUUUCGCAUUUCAUUCCUCCCAAGUGGAGCCCAUCUUGGCAUCCUUCGAGGAGCAAAGUCGUUUCGUUCACUUUAAUGAGCCCAACAUACCUAUCAUUUCUCCCUUACUCGGAAAUGUUAUUGAAGAGGCCGACACAGUCAACGCGGCGUAUUUGAGUAAGCAUACCCGGGAGACUGUAGAAUUUGACGCAGCCCUUCGGAACGCGCAGCAACGAGGAAUGAUUGGUGACCACACGGCUUGGGUAGAAAUUGGGCCACACCCAAUCUGUCUUGGGAUGAUCAAAGCUGCGACAAAGCCUGGUGUCUCGGUGGCAAGCCUUAGACGGAAAGAGAAUGCAUGGGAGACUCUCGCAAACAGUGUCAAAGAAUUGCAUUCAUACGGCUUGAACUUAGAUUGGGCAGAGUACCAUCGAGACUUCCUUGAUAACUUGGAGCUGUUAGAUCUCCCCACCUAUGCUUUCGAAGACAAAAAUUAUUGGCUAGACUACAAGAACGAUUGGAGCUUGACUAAAGGUAUAGCUGAUGAAGAAGGCAACCAAGAAUCUCUAACUCCCAGAUUCUCAACAACAACACUGCAAAGAAUCGUGACAGAAGAUUUCGAUGGCGAUAAAGCAUCAGUGGUCUUUGAAUCGGAUUUCUCGGAGCCAUCACUCCAUGCAGCCGUCGUUGGUCACCUCGUGAAUGAAUCUGGGCUUUGCCCUUCGUCGAUCUAUGCAGACAUGGCCUUAUCUGCAGCGCAUUAUAUACACCAGCAAUUACUUCCUACAUCACCAGAGCCUGGGAUGAACGUCAAAGCGAUGGAAGUCUCGAAGCCUGUGAUUGUUUCGACGUCCAACACGAACGAGCCCCAUUUACUCCAGAUUUCAGCGACUGCCGAUCUAUCUACAGGGAAAGUAGAUCUGGACUACAGCAGUGUUGAUAUACGUAAUAGGUCCAGAAUAAGAAAUGCUCACUGCUUCGUGGAGUAUGGAAACACUGAAGAUUGGUCAUCGGACUGGGCGCGCAGUGCGUUCCUCAUCGAGUCUCGAAUUCAAGUGCUGGAAAGUGAGAUGGCAGGGGGGAGCGUGCAGAGGAUCUUAAAAGGCAUGGCAUACAAGCUUUUUGGGGCGCUCGUUCAGUACGCAGAAAGUUACAGGGGUAUGGAGGAAAUCUUGUUGCUCAGCAAUCAACGCGAGGCUGCCGCAAAGGUGAAAUUCCAAGCAGAUGGCAAAGAUGGAAACUUCUUUUUCAGCCCUUACUGGAUCGACAGUCUUGCGCAUCUUUCAGGCUUUGUGCUCAACGCCAAUGAUGCAUUGGACUCGAAGACCCAGGUGUUCAUCUCUCACGGCUGGGAGUCCAUGAGGUUCGCAGUUCCUUUCUCGGCAGAAAACGCCUACCGCACCUACGUCAAAAUGCAGCCCGAAGCGAAGUCGACAGUCAUGGCUGGGAACGUCUACAUUCUUGAAGGCAAUGUUGUGGUAGGGCUGAUAGAAGGUCUCAAGUUCCAGCAGGUCCCUCGAACUCUCCUCGAUCACCUACUACCACCGGCAAGCAGAGCAAAAGCAGCGAAGACAUCCGCGUUACCAGCCACACCUAGCCAACCCAUUGAAAAUGGCAGGCUCGCAAAGAUUGCGCGCUCAAAUCCUACAGCAGCCGAUGCAGUGCAGAUGUUGCCACUUCCUCCAGGGCCGUCAAUAUCAGAUCGUGUUGGGCAGAUAAUUACUGCAGAAGUCGGCAUACCUGAGAAUGAACUGUUAGAACGUUCUUCUUUCAGCGAGCUAGGCAUUGAUUCUCUACUGUCCUUGACAAUCAUUGGAAAGCUCCGAGAAGAACUAGAAAUACCGAUUUCUUCGUCGAUAUUCUUGGAUUAUGAUACCUUUGGAGAACUUCGGAAGCAUCUCCUACAGUAUGAUACGGUCAAUGGUAGCACACUUACCUCUGCGAGAGUAAACUUAACACAAGCUGCACUGGUGGAGAAAGCGUCAAGUACUCCGCCCGAGAUGACACCUUCAAACAACUCUCAGACCUCAUCAUUAGAGUCCAUCCAUGAUGCAGAAGCUACGAACGCUGUGAAGACCAUCAUAGCUGAAGAGAUGGGCCUUGAUUUGGUCGAUGUCCCCGCAACAACCCCUCUUGGCUCCCUGGGCAUGGAUUCUCUCAUGAGCCUGACGAUCCUCGGAUCCUUACGGGAGAAGACUGGCCUUGAGAUUUCACCAGACCUCCUAGCUGACGAUCCAACAAUUCAAGACCUCGACAAACGCUUGACUCCGCCCGUCUCCACCCUCGCCAGCUUCCCACCUGACGAUAACACUCCAACAAACGUAGCGCGGGACUACCCCGCAGCCUCCUCCAUUCUUCUGCAAGGCAGCGCCAUCACUUCCUCGCGCAAACUAUUCCUCUUCCCCGACGGCUCUGGCUCAGCCUCAAACUACACCAGCCUCCCCACCCUGGCGCCCUCCCUCGCUGUAUUCGGGCUGAACUGCCCCUUCCUCAAAUCUCCCCGCGACUACACGUGCGGCAUUAAUGGAGUCGCGCAAAUCUACAUCGCAGAGAUCCAGCGCCGGCAGCCCCGCGGGCCGUACACGCUUGGCGGGUGGUCUGUCGGCGGCAUCAUCGCGUACGAAGCGGUGUACCAAUUAAUUCAGGCCGGCGAAGUCGUCGACCAGCUGAUCCUCAUCGACUCGCCGUGCCCGCUGCUCCUGCCGCCCCUUCCCAUCUCCCUCGUCAGGUUCUUCGAUAGUCUAGGCCUCUUCGGCCCCCCCGGUCAGACCCCGCCGUGGCUGAUGGAGCAUUUCGAAGCAUCGGUCGCCAAUUUGCAUCGGUAUAAACCCACCGCUAUCGAACCCAUAGCCAAGGCACCGAAGACGUUUGCGCUCUGGGCGCAGGAUGGGGUUUGUAAGGACCCUUUGACGCCGAGACCAGGGUUGGAUGGGGAGGAGAGUAGGAGUAAGGCUUGGAUUCUGGAUAAUAGGGGGGAUUUUGGGGCGAAUCAGUGGGAUGAACUGGUUGGUGGACGGGAGAACGUGGAAGGGCGCGGGGUGCCGGGGAAUCAUUUCACGAUGAUGCGCGAGCCGAAUGUUACGAGUUUGGGCCAGCAGAUUGCUUAUGCGUUGAACACACUCUGA